ACUCGCAAUGUUGCUGUUUUGCGGCACAACUGGUCUAAAGGCAUCAAUUGUGUAGUCUAGAACGUGGAAUUCCCAGUCUAGACGCCAAAUCAAGUCGGGAUCAUGACCUAUUCACACGGUCUCAAGGCAACGUCUACUCCCCUCCCACUCGGAACCUUUAAGAGGAAUGUAGUCAACAAGAAGGAAUGUGUGAAUACAAUCUUGCAGUUUUUAGCCUGGAAAGGCUAUCAGCUGUGCUCUGAACGCGAACUCUUGCGCGCACCCUCACUCGGUGUACUCUUGCAGAUUUGGAAUAUCCUAUUCAAGUUCGUGGACGCCAAUGUGGAGAUUACGAGGGAGAACAUGACUGUGGAGGUGCCAAGGUUCUUCAAAGACUUUGGCUACCCACUCAUUAUGGAGACUUCACAUUUGAGGACUCCAACCGCAGAUCACCAGUGGGAAAGGAACCUACUGGCUUUAUCCUGGCUGUGCAAACUUUUACUCUAUGAACACAAGAACUUUGAAAUCUCCGCUCCGAGGUCAAACGUAAAUAUACCAAGCACCAUUCCAAAGGCGAAUAUAUCAAACAAGCUUCUGGAAAAUUCGAUAACGGAACUCACAACAAAGCACUACCAGAGGUUUAUAAAUGGUUGUGAAACCAGUAAGGAGCUGAUGGAGGCGUUCUCUGCUGAAUUGGGUAGCAUUCGUGCAGAUUUACAGUUUGACAUUGAUAAAAAGAUGGAACUUUUUGAACAACUUCGCAACGAAGUUUCGCAGCUGCAGGAUUAUAUUUGCAAUUUUGGCAAUGUCAAACAUCGCAUAAAAGUCCUUUCAUCUGAUUUGGAACAAAUCGAGCGUGCAACGCGUAAUUUAAAGGAUUCAUUUGUAAUAUCGGAACAUGAAUUAGAAUCGUCAAAACAUCUUCUGAGAAAGGAGUCUAGCCAUCUGCUUAGGCUGCAGGAAAAGAAUAAGGAGAUAAAUGAUAUGAUUUAUAAUAAUAUUAACGGAGUGAAUCUCAAGGAUCUAAAUGAUCGCAUAUACACACUUAGAGCUGAGAUCUCCACUCUCGUUGAAAGAAUCAAGGAAUACGAGUCAGAAAUUCCUCUCUUGUCAUCGAACAUUAUCUCCAUGAGCAACACGCUACUAAAGCUACAUGCAUCAUCUUCGUCCCUGCUAGAGGGGAUAAAGAGCGCACUUUUAGCAAAUGGGAUUGAAGCGUCUUCUUGGGUGAAUCUGGAAAAGAUCACACUAAACACAGAGGCUAACGCGGCAGAUGAGAUUCUCGGAAUAUCAAUCGACUCUUUUGAAGCCAAAAUUGAGGAAAUCUUUUCCUCAGACUCACAAAAGUUUCAAGAGACAACUUGGGCAAUCAAACAGACAAACGACACUAUCGCAGAACUUGAAAUCGCUAUAAUUUCCCUGGAAAACGAAAUCAACAUUACGAAUAAAAAGUUGGAAAACUCCCAAGACUCUGCAAAUGUUUCAAGACUACAAGCUGAAACUGAGGACAUUGUAACCAUGAUAAAGUCUUGCGCGCAGGAAAACUUGCAAACCUGCAAGGACAAGUUGAGAAGCGUCUUGGAAGAAUUACAAGGAGCAAACGACCAACUUGAGCUUGAAAAGGCAAACGCGAAAAAGAAACUCGAAUCGUAUCUAGAAGCUAUAAGAACCAUUGUACAAGUAUGUCACGAGCAAAAAUUGAAAAAUUGCCAUGCGAUAAAGGGGCUUGUCAGCCACAAGGUAGCAACCAUUGAAGGAUUGAGUCCUUUGCUCAAAGAUAAUUCGGGUUAGGCUCCCACCACGGAAGCAGACUCAAUACAAAUGCACCAAAUAAUUGGUACAUUAUC